AUGGGAACUGUGGCAUCUCCUUCAGAUGAUCGAUCAAAGAUUGUAAUGGGGUACCCCCCAAUGAAUAGGUACCCUCAACCAGAUCUUGCAUAUCAUCAUCAUAAAGGUUAUGAAAAUUCUGUUAAUCCAAAUCAUUAUCCCCAAUCAUUUGAUGGAUACUAUUAUCAGCAAACCUAUGCGCCGUUGGUCCCCGAACCAAGUAGGACUACUUCGGUUGGUCGUGCAAUGAUCUCCUUGUUGGUUUUUUUGACACUUGGAAUGUGCAUGUUGAGCAUAGUCAUUUUCCUCCUGUUUGGUACAGACAACCCAGAUUUCCACCUUGUGUCAUUGACCGUGCCGAAUUUUAACGUGACUAACACGUCCUUAUUAGCCACCUGGUAUGCCAAUAUUACUGUCACGAAUAAAAACGAGGCUUUCAAGGUUCAUUUUCUGCAUGUUGUAUCUUCAGUCUUCUACGAAGAGGAUAUGUUGGGAAUCUCUCCUUUGCAGCCUUUUCAAGUACAUACAAGAGAGACACUUGGUAUGAGUUUCCGUGUGACAACAGAUCCAUUGAAUCAAGAAAAAUUGCACAACGGGGUGUUCCCAAGUAUUGUUCAGGAUCGAAGCACUGGCAUCGUCUUUUUUAGCUUGAGACUGUCUUUGAAGGCUGAGUAUAAGUCUAGUUCUCUUUGGAAAAAGGCAAGUUUGAAAGUUAACUGCAAAAAUUUGCAAGUCCAACGCCAAGAACUAGCUAGGAAACGGCAAAAGUAUAAAGCCCGAGAAUCAUAG